CAGUUGGUUCUACAGGAAGCUGUUGGGGUGGGGGUGAGGGUGCUGAGGCUUCCCCCAUCCCCCACUCAUCUCUUCAGGACACCUGCACCCACAGGGCUGAGUGGUGGAAGCUGGAGGCCUUGGCCAUGGGUAGUGGGGGCUGCAGGAGCCGGACUGUGUGCCUGCAGCAGUGAGGACAAGUCUCCAUGUGGCUCUGAGUCCAAGCCAUGUGUCCAGCCUUUUGACCCUGGGGCUGCAGCCUUGACCACCAACAGCAGCAGUGGAUCCUGGAGACCUAAGCACCUGGAGUUCUUCUCCACCAUGGCAGAUGAGCAGGAGGAAGCUGGUCCUGGGCAGCUCGGGGAAAGCACAGAGGACCUCAGCCUGGACUGGGGGGCCCUUCAAGGCAGCGAGUAUCUCCAGGACCUGGGCCUUGAGGCCCCUGCCCACCGCCAGCCUGGAGCGGCCAGGGACAGUGACCCCCCAAGCGAAGCAGCAGGAAGUGGUUCAUCCUGCUCCAGUUCAGCUGGACCCCAGGGCCUGCCUCGGAGAUGCAGCUGGGCGAGGUCCCGCAGCUGCUCGGACGGCUGGCAGAGGUUCAGCCUCGACUCCUCCGCUGUGAGUGAGGAGCCGUGUCUCCCUCGGGCGCUGGCGACCCUUGCCCUGAACCUUCCUGGGGAGAGUCUGCAGGCCUGGACUAAAGAGUGUCUCUCUGGGGGCAGGACCCCAGCGAAGCACCCAGGCAAGGAAGGUGACGGCCUGGAGGAGAGAGUGAGGUCCCAGUCGGUUCCCGUGACCUUGGAUGAGGUCAGCGCCCUGGAAAGCUCUCGGGCUUUGGAGGUGCCCACUCAAGCUGCCCAAGGCCUGGAGCCACCAGUGCUGGAGGGUCUGGGAAAGGACCACGUGGAACCAGAGCAUGUGCUGAUGGUCCAGCAGGUACUGCAGGAACUUCGACAGUACCAUGGGGCUCAGCAGAGGGCUCACUUGUCCGCCAGCCCCAGAGAAGCCCCCUCAAACCUCACCUGGUUUGAGUUCCUGUCCCAGAGCGAGGAUGGAGCCAGCAAGAUGGAGAGGAGUGACAGGGGCACCAUCAGGGCGAAGUGCAGACUCAGCUCCCUGCGCAGUCGAGUCACCAGGCACAAGGACAAGGGGAAAAGCCCCGUCCAGCUGAAGGACAAGGAUCAGGAUGCUCGAGAGAGAAAGGAAUGUGUCACUGGCCACCAGCUGCCGCGAGGAGCCGUCUCUGGCCACUCCCACUGCCCCCUGUGCAGCAAGCCCUUUCUCAGCUCUGCGGCCGUGAAGGAGCCCCCGCGACCCACGCUCCUGUCUGACGGCAGCCUGGCCCUCUCCAGGAAUGCCGGCAUGACCGUCUCGCAGAAGGGCAGUCCACAGCCAGCACCCAGCCAGGCGGGAACAGGGGCAAGACUCGGACCAGUCAUAGGAGAGAUGGAUGAAGCCGACUCUGUAUUUUUGAAAUUUAAGCAGGUAGCUGACGACUCCCUUUCACUUACAUCCUCGAAUGCCGAGUCCAUUUUUGUAGAAGACCCCUACACUGCCUCACUGAGGAGUGAGAUCGAAUCGGACGCCCAUGAGUUCGAGGCCGAGUCCUGGAGCCUGUCUGUGGACCCGGCGUACGCAAAGGAACAAAAGAAGGAGGUGGCGAAGAGACAGGAUGUGAUUUAUGAGCUGAUACAGACGGAGGUGCACCACGUGCGGACGCUCAAGAUCAUGCUGAAGGUCUACUCCAGGGCCCUGCAGGAGGAGCUGCAGUUCAGCAGCAAGGCCGUCAGCCGCCUCUUCCCGUGUGCAGACGACCUGCUCGAGGUGCAUGGCCACUUUCUCUCUCGGCUAAAGGAACGCCGCCAGGAGUCCCUGGAAGAGGGCAGCGACCGGAAUUACAUCAUCCAGAAAAUUGGGGACCUCCUGGUACAGCAGUUUUCAGGUGAAAAUGGAGAGAGAAUGAAAAAGAAAUACGGUGUCUUUUGUAGUGGACACAACGAAGCAGUCAGUCAUUACAAAUUGUUGCUGCAGCAAAAUAAGAAAUUUCAAAACUUGAUCAAGAAAAUCGGCAGCUCUUCCAUCGUGAGACGCCUUGGCGUGCAGGAGUGCGUUCUUUUGGUCGCUCAGCGCAUAACCAAGUACCCCGUGCUGGUGGAGCGCAUCCUUCAGAACACGGAAGCUGGCUCCAAGGACUACGAAGACCUGACCCAGGCCCUGAACCUCAUCAGAGACGUUAUCUCACAAGUGGACACCCAGGUCAGCGAGUGCGAGAAAGGCCAGCGCCUCAGAGAGAUCGCGGGGAGGAUGGACCUGAAGUCCUCCAGCAAGCUCAAGAACGGGCUGCCCUUCCGCAAGGAGGACAUGCUGCAGCGGCAGCUGCACCUGGAAGGCACUCUGGCCUGGAAGACCACGGCGGGGCGCCUGAAAGAUGUCCUUGCCGUCCUGUUGACCGAUGUGCUGUUGCUGCUACAAGAAAAGGAUCAGAAGUACGUCUUUGCUUCUGUGGACUCGAAGCGCCCCGUCAUCUCAUUACAAAAGCUCAUUGUGAGGGAAGUAGCCAACGAGGAAAAAGCCAUGUUUCUGAUCAGUGCCUCCCUGAAAGGGCCUGAGAUGUACGAGAUCUACACCAGUUCCAAGGAGGAGAGAAACGCCUGGAUGGCCCACAUCCGAAGGGCCGUUGAGAGCUGUCCUGACGAGGAGGAAGGGCCCUUCAGCGAGGCUGAGGAGGAGAGGAAGGUGGUGGAGGCCCGCGCCCUGAGGCUGAGGGACUUCCAAGAACGACUGAGCCUGAAAGACCAGCAGAUCGCACAGAGCCUGCGAGAGAAGCAGCAGAUCUUCCUGGAGAUGGCCGAGAUGAGUGGCCUGGACGACUCGGCUCAGCCGCGCCUCCUCUUCCGAGGAGGGGACCUCUCAGAGAACCUGCAGGGCGAGUGGAUCCUCAAGUCAGCCAUGACCGAGAUCGAGGACAUCCAGAGCCUCAUCUGCAGGCGGCUGGGCGGCACCAGUGGCCAGGCAGAGGGGGGUGCCCCUGCGGGCCUACACCAGAGGGCAGAGGCCUUUGGAGGCUCCGACAGCACCAGUGACCCUGGCAAGAGUGACAGUUGUAGGAAGAAGGUAUGCAGCAGUGACCUCAGCCCAGGAGACUGGCAAGACCCUGUGAGCAGUGCAGAUGCGAAGCUCGGCGACACCCCAGGCGCCUCUGAGGAAGCACCGUGGGUGGUGGAGGCCCCAGGCACUGAGUCUGGCCCCCGUCUGCCCACUGUCCUGGAGUUGGAGCUGGUCCAGCGAAUCCAGACACUGUCCCAGCUGCUCCUGAGCCUCCAGGCGGUCAUCACCCAGCAGGACAGCUACGUGGAGAUGCAGAGGGCCUCCAUCCAGGAGCGCGAGAAGCAGUUCCGGCUGCAGUCGACACGCGGGAACCUGCUGCUGGAGCAGGAGCGGCAGCGCAACUUCGAGAAGCAGCGGGAGGAGCUGGCGGGCGUGCAGAAGCUGCAGAGCCAGCUGCGGCUGGAGCAGCAGCGCUGGGAGCGCCAGCGGGAGCAGCAGCGGCAGGAGCUGGACCUGGCCUCGGCCCACCUGCAGCAGCGCCAGAGCGAGGCAGCGCGGCGGCAGGAGCAGCUGGCCCAGGAGCGCGCCGAGCUGGAGCAGCAGCGCCGGGCCUAUCAGCACGACCUGGAGCGGCUUCGGGAGGCCCAGCGCCUCGUGCAGCGCGAGCGGGAGCGGCUAGAGCUGCUGCAGAGGCUCAAGAAGCAGAACACAGCGCCCGGGGCGCUGCCACCUGAGCUGCCCACAGAGGCCCAGCCCCCAAGCCACUCCCCCAGCUUCAACGGGGAGGGGCUGGAAGGCCCUGAGCGCCAGGAGGUGGCUCGCCGGGACAGCACCCCAGCCGAGAGCCGGCCAGCCAGGAGCGACGUGCCUAUCCAGCUGCUCAGCACCACCAACCAGAUCCAGAGGCAGGCGGCCGUGCAGCAGCAGAUCCCCACCAAGCUGGCGGCCUUCACCAAGGGCGGCAAGGACAAGGGCGGCAAGAGCAGGGGCUCCCAGCGCAGCGAGAGUUCAGCUUCGUUCGACCUGAAGCAGCAGCAGCAGCUUUUCAGCAAACUCACGGGCAAGGAGGAGUACGCCUCUCGGAGCCACAGCUCACUGAGUCCCGUCCGGCGCAGCAGCCACCGCUCCGCAUCCCCCCAAGACCUCUCCUGCCAGGCGCCCAGCCCAGCCGUGGAGGACACGUCCCCCGAGUGUCCCCCCUUCCUGCCCGUGCCGCGGCCCCUUACCCCACUCGACAAGGAAGAAGUGAGCAAAGAAGACGUCAUCUUCUUCUAGGGCCAGCGGCUUGAGGUGCCGUGCUCUCUGGGACUCGCCGGCUGCCCUCCCCCUGCCCAGCACACCACCGUGGAUGCCCACCUGGCCAGGCUUUGGCCGGGGCCGGGGCCGCCUGUCGUCUCCAGGCUCUUGCUGUAGGAUUGAUCAGCAGCGGUGCCUUUUUUUAUACGAAAAGGAACAUUUUUAAUUGAAGGUUGAACCUAAGCUAACUGAGGAGCUAUUUUAAUGGCAGCCCCCGCUUGGGUAGGGAGAGGCCCACUCCAAGCAGUUUUCCCAGGUAGUGACAGACUGGGGGUCCCACACGGAGCCUGACGACGGGCCAGACCUCGGUAUGAGGAGGAGGAGACACUGGAGCUGGACUGGUCAUUAGGGCAGCAGAAGGGCCAGGGUAGUGUCAGCUGUCUCCCUUGGCAGAAUCAAAGCCGAGAUGUACAUGGGUUCAUGGUGAGCCGCAAGGCGAGGGCGUACACAGCCCCAGGGACAGAGGGCCCCAGGGCAGAGUGGCUAGAAAGGAUGGCCAGUUGUACUCGAGUGAGUUCUUUAGGGCAGAACUCAUCUCGAAGGGGUCUGACUGGAACCUGCGUUAAUUUAGUGGGUUUUUUAAAACCUGCUCUAGUCAAUCUUCGUGCUUUCCCAGGCACCUCACCGAGUCUGCGUGGCUCUCCAGGUGCUCGGCCUGGGGAAGCCAACUCAAGAGCUUUAGCCAGGCCAGCACGCCCCAAAGCCCCAGCCCCCAGCAGGGGCCCUCAGUCCCCAUGAGAUGAGCUGGUGUUCCCAGGGCCUCCAAGAGGAAGUCCCAGGGCUGGUGUCCGGUGCUGAUGGGCUGAUGCAGGUACAACACAGAGCAGAGCGGUGGCACUGCCAAUGAAGGUGACACACUGGGAGCACAUGUGGCCUGGAGACCUCAGUGGGCAGGUGGCCACCUCACAGGCCCACACAUCCAGUGAGCCGCUGUAGCGGACUGUCCCCUUAUCCCUGGAAGAGGACAAGGGCCACCAGUCCACUCGCAAGGCUGUGGGUGUUGGGGUGGUGUCACAUGUCAGGGUGGUGACUGAGCCAGAGCCACGUCCCACCUCUGGCCAAACACAAGCUCGGGUGCUGGUGCAGGAAGGGGACAUGACAUACUUUUCUGCAUCCCAGGCUCCCUCCACCGGCCCAGAGCCCAGACCUCCCGAAGCAUUGGCAGGAUGGGUCCUGGGCUGCCUAGGAGUUGGGGCACCACAGGGUCAAGGUGACACAGCCAGUGAGUGACGAGCUGACAGCAGCCGUUCAGAACCACUCCGGCCCCGGCCCCCGCUGGCCCUGACCCUCAACUCUGCCUACGGGACCAGCAGCAUCAGCAAGGACCAAAGAGACGUGUCCUCCAUCCCCUGGACACGAGAGCCUGUCUGUGCUGGAUCUGUAAUCAGUGUUUUGUGUUUUUGUACUGAGACGAAUCAGAGCACUUUAGAGAAUUCUCCUUUACUUCCUGUCCUUUUGUGACGAGUGCUUUCCUGGGCCUCAGGCACACAGGUCUUCGGAAGAGAUGUCCCAGGCUUCUCGGCAUGUGGUGGGGUCUCCACUCAGGCCGUGCAGCGGGCAGGUCUUCGGCACAUGCUCUGGCCAGUAGCCUGCGGUGACUCCUGGGUAGGGCCCGGUUUUAUUUGUAAAGUUGGCGGCUGAGCAGUGUUACUCCUGUGGGAUCUGGGUACAUCUUUGGUAACUUUGACAUGAUCUCGGUCCACCCAGUGAUGCUAUGAUCGCAGCAUGUCCUCAUGCGGGAUGUUUCAGAACUGCCUUAGAGCUCAAGCCCGAUUCUAGCAAUAAAGGUGUCUGAAGACGA